AUGGUUUAUCUUAUGUGCAAAGUUCUGAAAAUAACAGAACUCAACUUGGAACCUGUGAAGAAACAUAUUACAAUGCUAAAUCAUGCUCCAACGGUUGGCUUUGAGUCAGAUGUUGGCAGUAAAACCACUCAUCAGUUCAUGUACCCUGAAAGUGCAAAAGAUCUGCCAGAAAAUGUUAGUCUUGUGUUGGUUCCCUUCAAGACUUUAGACUUAAAGUGGAUUGUCAGUGCACUUACAACAGGAGAUAUAAACUUUACGUAUAUUAAAGUUCCACGUAAAGUCAGCAUUAAUAAAGACAAGAUUCUGAUCUACAGCCCUACAUUUAUGAAGUAUGUUUACGACACAUGGGUUGAAAAGCAUGGGAGAUAUCCUUCUACAGGAAUUCUUGCAGUGGUGUUUGCAUUGCAUUUAUGUGAUGAGCUAGAUGUUUAUGGCUUUGGUGCAGACAGCAAUGGGAACUGGCAUCAUUACUGGGAAAACAACUAUGGUGCAGCGGCGUUCCGUAAGACAGGUGUCCAUGAUGCUGACUUUGAGGCGAAUGUAACAGCAACUCUUUUGAGCAUUGGCAAACUCCAUCUUUUCAGAGGAAAAUGAUGUUGCUAUCAGAAUUUGAAACAUCUUUAUUUCUCUCCUCUAGAAUCCAGGGAAUGAUUGCUGCUACUAGUGAUAUUUAUGAAGAGUUGAAGUAAUCUCUGAUGGUACUAGAUUACCCCAGUACAUGAACACUGAAAAGGAAUAUAUUCUUUUUGUGGUGAUGCCAGCAGUUAAAAACAAUGCAUUGCUCCUUUGGGUGCAGACUUAUAAAACUGCAAGGAAUAAUAAUAAUAGGAGAAAGAUGUGCAAUAGGGUGUCAAUCCCUGUUCCUCUGUUGUGGUACCUGUGAACUGCAUCUUUAGACUGACUUCCUUUAUGUGGUGUCUACCAGUUUACAGUGUUUUCCUUAGGUGCAUCAGGUACUAAUAAAAUAAGUGUGGUGGAACUCUAUGUGCUGUUUGACUGGUAAUUAAUGAUGUAUUUAUCACCAGAGCCAAGGAAAAUGCAUUGUAAUGGAGUAAAUUAUGGGGGUAAAGACAGACGCAUUAUUUGUCUAUAUCCUUACACCUCCUGUAUGAAGCGAUGUACUUAGUUUACCCAAGUGCCUGUUAGUAAUGUAUGCCAAUUUUUGACUUCAUUUGUUGGGGGCAUACUUUGUAAAUGUUUGAUAAUGCUCCCAAAAAAUAUUCAAAUGUUUUGAUAAAAAUUGCACUUAAUCUCAAGUGCAGGGAUGGCUGGUAUUUUGAAAGUAUAGACAGUAAGAACUGAACCUGAGCUUUUGGAAUGUGUACCACUACUCUGUUAAUUGAAAUUCUUCAUUCAUUUGGCUAAAUGGAAUUCCUUAUGUCAUGUUUCAUAAAAUUAUUUGCUGUGAAUUAGGGCUGCAGGAUUUCAUAGUUAAUGGAGUAUCCUGAAGGUGCCCAACAGAUUUUGCUGCUUAACUCUGUGUUUAAUAUUGUAUUUUGUAAGAUGAAGAGGUACAGAGUUUUUAUACCCUUAAGACAGGAGUUUACUUUUUAAGGGCUAAGUUUAUGUGCUUAUACACAAUUCUGAAGUAUGAGUUAUGGAAAUUCUAGAACAUUUCAGAGUAAUGACCAUGUUAAAUAUAAUGAGCCCUAGUGCAAUUUCGUAAAGAAUUAUAUGAAACAUGAUCAGCAUUGCAGGCAGAUGUAGCUUUGAACUACUGGAAGUGUAUGAUUGUUCAUCUUUAUACGAUAAAUCUUGUAAGUAGAAUAAAUGUCAUAUGAUUUAUCAUUUGAGUACUAAAACUCUAUUUUAAAGAAAAACAUUACUUCAUUUCCCCAUUUGUCCACUGCCAUAAUGUAGUGCUACUUGAAGUAUUUCCUGUUGUAUUUCAGAAUGUGUCACCAUUUCUGUUUUUAUUCCUAUCUGUCUUUUUCAGGUAAUGUACAUUUUUUUUCAGGUAAUGUACAUUAUCCCUCACAGGGGUCACAGGAAAGCCUAUCCCAGCAGCCAGUGUGUGUAUUGAAUUGAAAUUUGUUCUGGGUAGGGGGGGCAGUCAGUCUCAGAGCACCCACACAGAUUUAUGGACAGUUUUGAAAAUGCAAAUUCACCUACUGUAUAUGACUUCAGGGAUAUGGGAGCAAACUGAACACUCAGGAAAAACAUACUUAAGCAGAAAAAAAGACUUGAAAACACGAGGUAAAAGGCACCCCAGCAAGGAGAGCCUGUUGUUGUAUGGUCACAAAGCUCCUAGCUGUGUCAUUAAUUUUUAUGCUGUAGUACAAAAUAACAAAGUACCAAGUACAUGAAAAUUGGUAUGUUUGCUCCAUUCCCCUGUAGUUUCUUUGCCUAUUUAGUUUACAACAAUGACACAUUCAGUUUUGAAACCCCAUAAUGGUAUAUUAAAGUAACCUUUGUAGGCUGCUUUUGUUUGUUAUUCCAUAUUCUUAAUACAGUUCUUUUAUCUGGUAUACCGUGGAGAGGUUUACACUUAAAACAGAGUAAACUUGCAUCAUUUUCUUUAACUACAAAGGUCCUUUCAUUUUGGUUUACACUUUCAUUUUUGUAUACCAACAUUGCACUCAUUCAUGGAAAAACCUCUUGAAACAUUGCUUAACAGAGUGAUGUUCUUAAGGUAUAAAACAAGAUCACUACAGUAGUAUGUCUGUUAUUUUUUUUUUCAAUAUCUGUGUUUAAUCAUUUUACUGGUAGUUUGCAUUUCAGAAGUUAUUGUUUUGAAACUCUUUGAACAUCUGUUUUAUAUCUCUGCAUUAUCAUAGACCAUUCAGUGACAUUGUACCUGUCUGUAGCAAAAUACUUUAAUGAUUCAUUGUGUAAAACUGCAUUCUUGGUAACAUUAAACACUUUUCCUGGUUGAACCAUA